AUGCAGAACACUGUGCAACCUACACUGCCGGAUGAGCUUGUUCUAGAGAUAUGCAAGCAUGUCGAUCAAGAGGAGCUUUGGGUCUCCUUUCGAAACGUCAACUCACAAUACCGCCGUUGUGCCGAGGAUGUUGUUAAAAGCCAUGUUCGCGAGCAUAUGACCAUUCAACUCAACUUCGCAAUCGGAAUCGGACUGAAGCAUAGGUGGUACGACAUUCGAGCCAGCAUCAAUCUCGAAUGCUGCGAGGUUUCGAACGAGUACGCAUUCUUCAGUGCGCCUGUAUUCCUGCCCGAAUCAUGUCGUGAUCGCGCAGCGGAGAAGUGGAAGGAAAUACUGGCAGCUGGAAUCGACUGCGCACAAGCUUGGAAAAUAUCCCUCGAGAGCAGCGAUCUCCGAUACGCGUGUCUACCGAAUCUUACACUCUCACAACACGGAGCUUAUAUAGACUGGAGGGAGCUGCUCGAUGCAUUCUUCCGAAAAACGGUCCCUCCCGAGCAGUACUGGGCAAAGCAAUGGCAAGCAGUCUGA